AUGAGCUCAUGUUUGAAAUCUAAGACAGUUCCUGCUCUUGCAAAUGAGACUGAUCGCCUGGCUUUACUUGACUUCAAGAAUCGGAUCACUCAAGACCCACUUCAAAUCAUGAGCUCAUGGAAUGACUCUGUUCAUUUCUGCAACUGGAUAGGUGUUACAUGUAGCCCCUCCAGUAAACGAGUCACUGUUUUGGACCUAGAAGCUAAGAGAUUAGUUGGCCCCAUACCACCCUCUAUAGGAAAUCUUACUUGCCUCACAGGAAUCAACCUACGAAGCAAUAGCUUCAACGGUGAAAUUCCCCAAGAAGUGGGACGUCUACAACGCCUACAUCAUCUCAAUUUGAGCAGGAAUUCCUUUGGUGGUAAACUUCCGACUAAUCUGAGCUACUGUACACAACUUAGAGUGCUUGACGUUGCUUACAACAAUCUUGUUGGGCAGAUUCCAGACCACCUCAGCUCAUUGUCAAAGUUGGUGAAUCUAAGUCUUGGCAUGAACAACCUAACAGGAAGUAUCCCAGCUUGGAUUGGAAACUUUUCUUCUUUGAAUGUUCUUAGUCUUCUUCGGAACAAUUUUCAUGGAAGCAUUCCUAGUGAACUUGGCCAUCUAUCAAGGCUGAGAUUUUUACGCCUUUCUGCGAAUAAUUUGUCCAAUACCAUCCCUCCUCAGAUCUAUAAUAUUUCUUUCAUUUAUUAUUUCUCUGUAACUGACAACCAGCUACAUGGAAGCUUCCCAACAGAUGUUGGUUUUACUCUUCCUAACCUUCAAAUAUUUUAUUGCGGUGUAAACAGUUUCACGGGACCUAUUCCCAAGUCGCUGUCAAAUGCUUCUCAACUUCGAGGCCUUGACCUUGGUGAAAAUAGUCUGACUGGGAUAGUGCCUCAAAAUCUAGCAAACUUGCAAAGCUUGCUUUGGCUUAGUCUUGGAAACAAUAGCCUUGGAAAGGGGAAGGAUGGUGACUUGAGUUUUCUCAAUUUCUUGGCCAAUUGUACUAGUUUGGGGUUAUUGAAUCUUGAAAGUAAUAAUUUUGGAGGAGUAUUGCCUUGCUCUAUAGCCAACCUUUCCACCCAGCUAGACAUUCUUGUUAUGGGUACGAAUAAGAUUCAUGGUAACAUCCCCACUGGGAUCGGGAAUCUCGUUAACUUAAGUUGUCUUGGAUUAGAAAAUAACUAUUUGGGAGGAGCACUACCUUUUGAAGUGGGCAACUUAGUACAUCUUACCAAGUUAGAUCUCUCAAAGAAUAAAAUAUCAAGCAAAAUUCCCACCGCCCUUGGGACUUGUAUUAGUUUGCAGUACUUGUAUUUGGGCGGUAACUCAUUUGAGGGAGUAAUUCCUCAAUCCUUGAAGAAUUUAAGAGGUUUAGAAGAUAUAGAUCUUUCUCAUAAUAAAUUAUUUGGGCAUAUUCCUGAAUUUCUUAGCAAGCUUUUGGCACUUAAGCAUCUCAAUAUUUCUUAUAAUGAUUUUGAGGGUGAAGUGCCAAGUGAAGGAAUUUUUGCAAAUGCAAGUGCAAUUUCAAUCUUUGGAAAUGAAAGGUUAUGCGGUGGUGUCCAAGAAUUAAAUUUAUCUUCGUGCUCAAGCAAACAUCCCAAAUUGUACAGGAGGCUUCUUGCACUCAGAAUAAUAAUUCCUAUCACAUGUAUAACCAUAUGUGUACUUCUUUUGUUGUAUUUUUUCCCUAUGUGUUCUACUGUGAAAAAAUUAAGAGAGGGAGCAUUGACUACAUCUUCUUUUGGAGAUUGGCAAUUUCCUAUCUCUUAUGCUGAACUCUUAGAAUCAACCAAUGGGUUUUCUGAGAACAACUUGAUUGGUUCGGGUAGUUUUGGCUCUGUAUACAAAGGAGUUCUUUCUAGAAAUGGAGCAAUUGUUGCAAUCAAAGUAUUGCACCUUCAACAACAAGAAGCAUCCACAAGUUUCACUAAUGAAUGCAAUGCUUUGAGGAAUAUACGCCAUCACAAUCUCCUCAAGAUUUUCUCUACUUGCUCUAGCAUUGAUCAUAAAGGGAAUGACUUUAAGAGCCUAAUUUUUGAGUUCAUGUGCAAUGGAAGUCUAGACCUGUGGUUGCAUCCAAAAAAUGAUGAGCGACAUCAAAGAAACAAAUUAAGCUUUAUUCAGAGACUAAAUAUAGCCAUUGAUGUUGCUUAUGCAUUGGAAUAUCUUCAUCAACAUUGCCAAACACCAAUUGUUCACUGUGAUAUUAAACCAGGCAAUAUACUCCUUGAUGAAGAUAUGGUAGCCCAUGUUGGUGAUUUUGGAUUGGUGAGGUUCCUCUUUGAAGCAUCUAACAAUCCCUCCAAAACUCAAACCCUGUCAGUUGGACUAAAGGGUUCCAUUGGGUACAUUCCUCCAGAGUAUGGGAUGGGUGGCCAAAUUUCAACAUCAGGAGACAUUUUCAGUUAUGGGAUACUCUUGUUAGAGAUGUUCACUGGGAAAAAACCUAUCGAUGAAAUGUUCAUAGAUGGUUUGAGCAUUCACAAGUUCACUUCAAUGGCUUUGCCUGAACAUGUAAUGGAUAUAGUUGACCCAUCGAUGUUCUUUGAGGAGGAUGGAGAAGAUGUUGGUGAUGAGAGAAACGAAGAUGACAUUGAAGAUAGAGCAAUAAUUGAAGAAGUGCCCCAUCUCAAUCAUGGCCGGAUUGGAUGGAAUUGAAGUAAUGAACCCCCUUGAUCGAGUAAUAUUUCUGCUGUGUUCUUUAGUGUACACAUAUGCUGCCUCAGCGGCUCAGCCAUUGUCAUUGCUUUCCAUGUCAAAGGUUAUUUAGAUCAAUGGCUCCCUGUUAUUUGUCAAUGACAUUUCUUAAACCAUAUUACUAUAUUUAUUGUUUUUAUCAUGGAUUGUACGAUUGCUCCUUUAAUUGUAAUAUGUGUUUCAUACACUAUUCCUUACUGUACUUCUUAACUUGGAAAUGUUUGAGGGCAGGUUAGCAGGUAAUAACAGUUCAUGGGACCUAUUUUUGUGUCA